UUCGGCCGGCUAAUAAGAUGAACGGGGUGCAAGACUACUUGGAGGCACAUCAGUUACAAACUAGAGACGCCAACGAUGUGAUCGAAGAGUUUCAAGAUGAAAUUGCCAAAAUGCAAGGUUGCUGUCUCGACAUUGGUUGUGGGCCGGCAUCCACUACGCGUAAGCUCUUCAUGCCUAAACUACCGGCUGAUGCUACUGUUGUUGGUGGUGAUAUAUCAAAAAAAAUGGUUGAUUUCGCAAAAGCUACACAUGUUGAUGAAAAACGAUUGUCAUUUGUUCAACUUAACAUAGAAGCUGAUAAUCUUCCAUCGAAUCAUUUUGAAGCUUACGACAAUGCGGUUUCAUUUUAUUGCCUUCACUGGUGCCAAAAUAUAAGAAAAGUAUUCGAUAAUAUGUAUAAACUCUUGCGUCCCGGCGGAAAGUCACUAGUUCUGUUUUUAGCACACAACACAGGUUUCGAUAGUUAUUUGAGACUGUCAGACGAUCCAAAAUAUAAGCCGUUUAUGAAGGACGUUUCAAAGUACAUCCCUUACUUUCAACAGAAUGAUAAUCCAAGAGCAACGUUGAAAAAAAUGUUGGAAGAAUCAGGUUUUAAAGUUCAUCAUUGCAGUUUUCGUGAGAAAACCUUUAUCUAUAAUAGACAAAUAUUAAAAAAGCACGCAAUAGCUGUUAAUCCAUUUAUUGAGAGAAUGCCUCUCGAAAUAAGAGAACAAUUUGAAGAAGAUUUACUACGUGAAAUUAUCAGUCGCAAGAUUUCUUUCGGACAUACAGAUAAUGGAUCGAAAGAAGAAAGUAAAGUACUCGAUAGAUAUCACAUAAUGAUUGCUCAUUUUGAAAAGAUAGGAAGCUAGAUUUUAUUUUUGAUCGAGAAAACAGUAUGAUGGCUUUUACUUUACGCAUUAGAACAUGAUGACACAACUGGAGAAAAUAUCUUGUCUGAUAUGUAUUGUUAUGAAUACAUAUAUUAUGAUAUAGAUAUGAACCCAAUCAUAUCCAUGUAGCUUAGAAAAUCAUUAUGUUCCAUGAUGAAAUGACCACGCUACAUAUACAAAGUAUUUUUGUGAUUAUUUUCGUGUAUUUUAAGUUAUAGCUACACAGCAAGUACUCUAUGUUUUUAAAGUAUAAGUAUUAAUUAUACGUUAUAAUAUUAUUCACUUGACUGAAAAUAUUGGAUGGCGCUACAAAUACUUACAAGUAUAUACUCAUUAAGAAAUCUACGAGAUAAUUUUUUAUUUCCAACUAUAUUUACAAUCUGUCUGACGACAAUAUAUACACCAAAUAAAGAUUUGUUUCUCUGUUAGAUUGGGAGUUAUUAAACUUUAUUCUCACCAUGGAUGUUUUGUAUUGUAGUCACCUCCCGCUAAGAAUCGAUUUCCUAGACUGUCAAAGAACUUUUUGUGGUUUUCUUAGCUGAUAGUGUGUCUCGGAGGACAGUAUAUCGCAAAGAAUGUGAUUGAG